AUACAGACUUCAUGGCUGUCUGUAUUCAUGAAUGGAUACAAAAAAAAAAACACUGUAAUCAAACCAUAAUCAUGUUAUUACAAAUUGGUCUUGCAGACACCUUGUAAGGGGCUCUUGUAUUCUAUUGCCGAUAUGGCAGUGCCACGAACUGCCUUACCAAAAGAAAUUUCAAAUCAAAGUGAAAUUUAAUAAAUAAACCGUGCAUGUUCCCAUUAUUUUAAUAAUACAUCAAACAUAUCCUGAUUCUGUUAUUAAACGGCAUAAAAAAAUUAUUCUGGAGGUUAGGAAACUUGUAAUUCCCUGCUACUGAAAGCUUUUAUAUUGGACAAAGAUGCGACCACCACGAAAACCUGGAUCAAAUUCUGCGCUUAAAAAAUCUUCACAUCAGCGCAGGCAUCCAGCUGCUGAUUUGGGCGAAACGGACACUAGUAGCUCAGCAGAAGAUGGGCUAGCAAAAGAUGAUCAAGGCUUCCGCUCACCAGCACCUGAUACCGAUGGUACUGACUAUGGUUUGGAGUUUACGAAUACCGGAAGCCGAUAUGUACAUAAUUCGUCAAAAGAACAUCGUUCAGUUGCUCCAACUACAAAUAUGGACAAGCAAAAUGAAAGCUGUGUUAAUAAAGAUAGUUCAGAAACUCUGGCUAGCCAAAACAGGUCUUCAGCUAAACAAGUCGGCGCCACAGCGGUCAAACCAUUGGAGAAGGCGCAAAGGCCAUUAGAGCAGGGUGCGCUGGAACAUGUACAAACAACGACUGCAUCAACGAAAACAGCAACACCGCACAAACGUAAAACCCAACGUAAAGGGAAAUUUUUACACGCACAAUUAAUUGCACGGACGGAUUUAAUGAUACCACGCGCAGCCUUUGGCCGUCUUGUGCGAGAAAUAUUGUUGAGCAAUGAUACGGAUGUAAGAUCAAUAACAUUAAAGGCUUUAGAGGCCCUGCACGUAGCCACUGAGGCCUACGUUGAAGGACGUUUUGAGGAUGCAAAUCUCUUGGCAUUGCAUGCACGUAGAGUUACCGUAAUGGCAAAAGAUAUGGAGCUUAUAAACUUUUUACGAAAUAAAUCAUAGAUUACCCGAGACACCAUGCGCCAGGCGGGUCUCGCAUCUUAAUUAUUAGGAUAUUACAAUUUAUUGUUUUUACCAUGUAGACAUAUUUACUUGUUCUAAGACAUUUAUAAAUUUUAUUUGUAUUAAUUUUAUAAGUAUAAUGUUUACAAUGCUUGUUUUCAUGUUGAUAUGCAUAUGUAUUAAAAAGUUUUUAUAUAGUGAUUUUACUUUAAUUUAAAAUGUGGGAGCUACGAACGCUUGACGUAGGGAGAGUUGCACAAAUUUUCGUAGAUCGUGAUGCUUCUUCAUAAAAAGUAACAAUGCCCCUUUAAUUGCAGUUCGAAUACACCCAGUUGUUGCUGAUAUGCUAGUGAUUUUAAAACCUUCAAUAUGAGGGAUGUGUUAGUAACACAAAAAAAGUUCUCCAGACUUUUGGGGAGCAUUUCCGGAGUGCCAGUCCUUUGGCCCUAUUAUGUAUUGCAACUGGUGUCUAGUUGUUGGUCUAGUAGCCGUGGCUACCAGUAUCGUACAUUGUAGAAUAUAUAGCGAUUAAUCUCAGUAUACAGAAACACGCACACAAUAUCCGAAUUUACGAAAUGUACAUUUCGAAGUAAUUGGCAACUUUGCUCCAAUGCGUUUAAAAAAUUCUGUAAACAAAUAAAAUCGUUAUAAACGGGAAACAGCAAAUUGCGCUACUAGACUCAGUAGCCAGUUGCCAUACGUAAUUCGAAUUUUAGUAUAUGGUUGGCCAUCGGCUAUCAGUCGCCAUAGA